GCAGCUCCCUUGGGAAUGGGAAGAAAUUUCCUUCGUCUGCCCAGUGUGAGUGGUAGAAGCUCGUUCGUAUACUCCAUAGUCGCCUGUUCAAAUCUUCCCAAGCGACGAAGCAUUGUGCUCAGUUUUGGCCACAUUAUGACCGAGAACAUGACGCUCGAACAGCUGUCCGCAAACAAGUGCUUCGAAGGCGAGCAACGCGUGUAUCGCCAUCGCUCCGACACCUUGAAGUGCGACAUGACCUUUGGCGUCUUCCUGCCGCCGGCCGCUUUGGAGGGCAAACCGUGUCCGGUGCUGUUUUUCCUCAGCGGACUGACCUGCACGCAUGAGAACUUCAUCCAGAAGAGCGGCUUCCAGCAGCCCGCCGCCCGACACAACCUGAUCGUCGUCAAUCCGGACACUUCGCCCAGGGGCGUGGAAAUCGCCGGCCAGGAUGACGCAUACGACUUUGGAAGCGGUGCUGGAUUCUAUGUGGAUGCGAAGGAGGAGCCGUGGUCGAAGCACUACAAGAUGUACAGCUAUGUGACCCAGGAGCUGGUGGAUGUGGUCAAUGCCAAUCUGCCCGUUGUUCCCGGUAGACGGGGUAUAUUCGGCCACAGUAUGGGCGGCCACGGAGCCCUGAUCAGCGCCCUCAAGAAUCCCGGGCUGUACCAGUCGGUGUCCGCUUUUGCGCCGAUUGCCAAUCCCACCGAGUGCCCGUGGGGUAAGAAGGCCUUUGCCGGCUAUCUGGGCUCCAAUCCGGAUGACUGGGCCCUGUGGGAUGCGACGCAUCUGGUGUCGCAGUACGAGAGCACACCGCAGGAGCUCUUCAUCGACCAAGGUGCAGCAGACAAUUUCUUGGCCGGCAAGCAGUUGCUGCCGGAGAACCUGCUGGCUGCCGCCGAUGGGAACGACCACAUCCAGACCAUCUUCAAGCAGCGCGAGGGAUACGAUCACAGCUACUUCUACAUCGCCACCUUCGUCGCCGAACACAUCGCCUACCACGCCGCCCUGCUCACCGCUUGAUGAUAUUCCGCUUGUACUUAAUCGUUGGUUUCCGCCGAAACCCUAAUUCAACGUAAAUUUGCCAGUAAAUAAACCAAUUUCCACGGAGCUUCUAAAAUGUA